UUAAACAUUGUUUAAAUGCGCUGUGCUGUGAGAAAUUGCGGAAAUAAUAAUCGCAAUAGCAAUAGAAAGAAAUGGAGGUACUUUCACUUCCCCAAAGAAGACCCUCAACUUCAAAAAUGGAUAGAUUUUUGCCAGCGGGAUAAUAUUAACACCUCCACAGCCUGUAUUUGCAAUGAGCACUUUGCUCCCGAGGAUUUUGAGCGGAAUAUGCAGUACGAACUUGGAUUUAGCCGUAAAAAUCCAACAAAAUUAAAACCCGGCUCAUUUCCGAGUCUAAAUAGACCCCAGAAGUUGGCGAAGGAAAGGAAUGGGGGCCAAAAAAAGGUUUCUAAAAGUGUUUCUUCAGCGAAGAUCGAAAGUUUGGAAUUGCCUGAUGAGAAAACUCCAUUAUCAGAAGCACAUGAAACCAUAGAAAUCCAACUAUGUGACUUUACUGCAGAUUUUGAGGACUUUGAAGGUGGUUCACCAGGCGUUGACAAUGAUGUAGUGGAGGUGAUCAGUAAAACUGAAAGGAGAACAUUUUCUCAAUUACCCAAGGAUGCCAACAGUCUUCAAGAUCUCAGGCACUUGGAAGUGGAAAUUCUGGAUCCAAUGAACCCGCAAUUAAAUGCCAACGAUCAUGUGGAGAUAAUGGAUUCAGAUGGCGAUAGUUACGUGAAGCACUUGGAGCAUGAAGUAUGUACGCUUAAACGCGAGGUCUUUUUUCUCAAAGACGAACGCAAAAAGCUAAUGGAAGAAAUUCGAGAUCUUAAGGCCACAAUUCAAAGAUCAGAAGUCCAAAGAAACACUGGGAAGCAACUUGAAAUCUAUGUUACAAGCAGAAAGAAAAAAACUCAGAAUGAGUAAAGACUUUUAAGAUGUGCAACAUGGAAAAGUAUGAUUCGACUGACUAGUUUUUAAAAAUUUUAUAAAUAAUAAUUAAUUGUAGAUAUUUUUAAAAGUAAAAUAUAUUAUA